GCAUCGCUACCUAUGAUGGCUCGGGUUUUGUUUGCAUUCUUUUCCUCAUGUUCGAACCACAGGGAGCGACUUGGGCUGUUCCGUGCACGGUCUGAGCUGCGGAUAAGCGCCCUGAGAAGGCACGCGGCGAAGACGGGAGCUCAGUCGUGCGUGUUCGAGCUGAACAGCUGUUUAUGCCCCGACGGCCCGUGUGUGUCCCGCAGGCUCGCAGUUUGCCAGGGCACCAACAACAAGCUCACCCAGCUGGGCACGUUCGACGACCACUUCCUGAGCCUCCAGCGGAUGCUCAACAACUGCGAGGUGGUCCUUGGGAACUUGGAGAUUACCUACAUGCAGAGGGACUACGACCUGUCCUUCCUAAAGACCAUCCAGGAGGUGGCCGGCUACGUCCUCAUUGCCCUCAACGUGGUGGAGAAGAUCCCCUUGGAGAACCUGCAGAUCAUCCGGGGGAACAUGCUCUUCGAGAAUACCCACGCCUUGUCCGUCCUGUCCAACUACGGCGCCAACAAGACCGGCCUGCGGGAGCUGCCCAUGCGGAACCUACAGGAAAUCCUGCAGGGCGCCGUGCGCUUCAACAACAACCCCACCCUCUGCAACAUGGAGACCAUCCAGUGGCACGACAUCGUGGACAGCAGCUUCGUGAGCAACAUGUCGCUGGACUUUCAGAGCCACCCGCCCGGCAGCUGCCGGAAGUGCGACCCGAGCUGCCCCAGCGGAAGUUGCUGGGCUGCGGGCAAGGAGAACUGCCAGCCCUUGACCAAGACCAUCUGCGCCCAGCAGUGCUCCGGCCGCUGCCGGGGCAAGUCCCCGAGUGACUGCUGCCACAACCAGUGUGCCGCUGGCUGCACGGGGCCCCGCGAGAGCGACCGCCUGGUCUGCCGCCGGUUCCGGGACGGCGCCACCUGCAAGGACACCUGCCCGCCGCUCAUGCUGUACAACCCCACCACCUACCAGAUGGACGUCAACCCCGACGGCAAAUACAGCUUCGGCGCCACCUGUGUGAAGAAGUGUCCCCGGAACUACGUGGUGACCGACCACGGCUCCUGCGUGCGGGCCUGCAGCUCCGACAGCCAUGAGGUGGAGGAAGACGGCGUCCGCAAGUGCAAGAAGUGCGAAGGGCCCUGUCGCAAAGUGUGCAACGGGAUAGGGAUCGGGGAGUUUAGAGACACCCUGUCCAUCAACGCCACCAACAUCAGGCACUUCCGCAACUGCACCACCAUCAGCGGGGACCUGCACAUCCUGCCCGUGGCCUUCAAGGGGUGAGCCGGCACCCGCACCCCGCCCUGCCUCCCGCCUGCAGGGUUCCUGCUGAUCCAGGCCUGGCCCGAGAACAGGACGGACCUGCACGCCUUCCGGAACCUGGAGAUCAUCCGGGGCCGGACCAAGCAGCACGGCCGCUUCUCUCUCGCCGUCGUCGGGCUGGACAUCACGUCCCUGGGGCUGCGCUCCCUCAAGGAGAUCAGUGACGGAGACGUGAUCAUCUCGGCGAACCGCAACCUGUGCUACGCAGACACCAUCAACUGGAGAAAGCUCUUCGGGACCACGAGUCAGAAAGCCAAGAUCCAAGGCAACAAGGACGGCAGAGACUGCAAGGCCCAAGGCCAAGUCUGCAACCGGCUGUGCUCGCCGUCGGAGGGCUGCUGGGGCCCCGCGCCCGGGGACUGCGUGGCCUGCCAGAACGUCAGCCGAGAGCAGGAGUGCAUGGAGCGGUGCAACCUGCUGGAGGGCGAGCCCAGGGAGUUUGUGGAGAACGGCGAGUGCAUCCAGUGCCACCCGGAGUGCCUGCCCCAGCCCAUGAACGUGACCUGCACGGGACGCGGCCCCGACAGCUGCGUGCAGUGUGCCCACUACAUCGAUGGCCCGCACUGCGUCAAGACCUGCCCGGCCGGGAUCAUGGGCGAGAACAACACGCUGGUCUGGAAGUUCGCGGACGCCAGUCACGUCUGCCACCUGUGCCACCCCAACUGCCCUUACGGCUGCAGAGGGCCAGGUCUUGAAGGCUGCACGACCAACGGGCCCAGGAUCCCGUCCAUCGCCACGGGGAUCGUGGGCGGCCUCUUCCUGCUGCUGAUGGUGGCGCUGGUGGUGGGCCUGUGUCUGCGUCGGCGCCACAUCGUCCGCAAGCGCACGCUGCGCCGGCUGCUGCAGGAGAGGGAGCUCGUGGAGCCCCUGACCCCCAGCGGGGAGGCGCCCAACCAGGCCCUCCUGAGGAUCCUAAAGGAGACCGAGUUCAAAAAGAUCAAGGUGCUGGGCUCCGGCGCGUUCGGCACCGUGUACAAGGGGCUCUGGAUCCCGGAGGGCGAGAAGGUUAAAAUCCCCGUGGCCAUCAAGGAAUUGCGGGAAGCCACGUCUCCGAAGGCCAACAAGGAAAUCCUCGACGAAGCCUACGUGAUGGCCAGCGUGGACAACCCCCACGUGUGCCGCCUGCUGGGCAUCUGCCUGACCUCCACGGUCCAGCUCAUCACGCAGCUCAUGCCCUUCGGCUGCCUCCUGGACUACGUGCGCGAGCACAAGGACAACAUCGGCUCCCAGUACCUGCUCAACUGGUGUGUGCAGAUCGCCAAGUCUGAAGCGAAACUACCCAGAAACACUUGGUGGCUGACCAGAACCUACACUCGCGGCCUUGGCGCAGCGGGAUUCGCUGAGCUGCAGGCGCCCCGCGCUGGCUCCGGGCUGGGCCGUCUUGGGAAACUGCCUAAAUAUUGUCGGGAAGCCCGUUUAUUGUCCCGGCUAAACCGCCAAGACGGCAGAUAAAAUUGUAUGGCCCAGG